AUGGCCAGCGUGCCUGCGCCCGCAGUGAGCAAGCCGAGGUUCAAGAUGUUCGAAAACGGCAGCCACGAGCACAACCUACGUGCGGCCAAGCGCCAGGAAAAGCUCAGUAACAUGCUCAAGGAUCUCCUAGGGGCCAAGAAGCUCCGAGACGAGGCCAAGUCUGCAGUUCCCAACAUUCUCCACGGCAAGAACUCCGCAAAGGGCGAGAAAAACGCCGAGCCCCCGACGCUUUUCGCAGGACUCGUCAAGCAAGUGAAGAACAACACGUCUCCGUAUCAAGCCCAGACUGAAGACCUCAUACCGAAGCAAGACAGCCGGUCCUUCGUUGAGAAGUACGGCCGCUGCCAGGAGGUCAUUGGCAGAGGCUCGUUUGGAGUGGUGCGCAUAUCGCACAAGAAAGGCCUCCAGAACGGCAACGGGGAAGAUGUUCUCUAUGCUGUCAAGGAGUUUAAAAAGCGCCCCAACGAGUCCGAAAAGAAGUACUCGCGGAGGUUGACCUCGGAGUUCUGCAUAUCCUCUUCCUUGAAGCAUUUGAACAUCAUUGACACCUUGGAUUUGUUGAAGGAUGCGAAGGGCGACUACUGCGAGGUGAUGGAGUUUUGCUCCGGGGGCGAUCUUUACACCUUGAUCAUUGCUGCUGGCAAACUAGAGUAUGCCGAGGCCGAUUGCUUCUUCAAGCAGCUCAUUCGAGGCGUGAACUACAUGCACGAGAUGGGCGUGUCGCACCGUGACUUGAAGCCGGAGAACUUGUUACUUACCCAGCAGGGUGUAUUGAAAAUCACCGAUUUCGGGAAUGGGGAGUGUUUCAAAAUGGCAUGGGAAGACGAGAUCCACUUCAGUGACGGGGUCUGUGGAUCCAGCCCAUACAUUGCGCCCGAAGAAUUCAUCCAAGACCAGUUUGACUCAAGGUGUGUCGACAUUUGGGCUUGUGGUGUCAUUUACAUGGCCAUGAGAACCGGGCGCCAGUUGUGGAAAUUGGCCGACCCUAAGCGCGAUGAAUUCUUCGAGGAGUACCUUAUCCAGAGAAAGGAUGCCACUGGAUACGAGCCGAUCGAAUCUUUAAAGAGGGCCAGGUGUCGCAAUGUGAUCUACUCCAUCCUAGACCCUAUCCCAGAAAGGAGGAUCACAGGCAAGCAAAUCUUGAACAGUGAGUGGGGAAGGGAAAUCCGUGUUUGUGCCGCUGGAGAAGCCUACAAUGGUGUUCAUGCAUCAAGUGAGAAAGUCUCAGAGAAGCUCGAGAAAAUUCCGCGAUAA